AUGAAGUUGCUUCCGACUCAUCUGUUUCUAUUGCUCAUAGGAGCAUGGGCAUUAUUAGUACAAGCACAGAACCUGGAGCUGCCUGCCUGCGCGAAAUCAUGCCUGGCCACAUCGAUAGCUAGAUGGUCGUGCGCGUCGACCGCCCAGACGUGCAUAUGCACGGAUGCUACCCUCCGGCACGAGGUUCACGAGUGCGUGCGGGCGAACUGUACGGUCAGGGAGGGACUGGUGACGCGCAACGUGACGUCGGUCGAGUGCGGGGUGCAGGUCCGGGACAGGCGGCAGCCGCUCAAGACGCUGGCCAUCACGCUGGGCUGCAUCUCGCCGUUGUUCGUGUUGAUGCGGAUGGCGGCGCGGGUCAUUCUGAUGAAGAACGGCGGCGGCGGCGCCGCCGCCGCCGUGGAGGUGGGCGAGGACGACUGGUUCAUCCUGGCGACGCUGUUCAUCGGCAUCCCCAACACGGCCAUGAUCGUCAGCGGGCUGGUGGACACGGGCGGCCUCGGGCUCGACAUCUGGACGCUCGACCCGGACACCAUCAACACGUUCGGCAAGUACUUUUACGCGACCGAGAUCAUGUACUUUGCCGAGGUGACGCUGCUCAAGAUGUCGCUGCUGUGGUUCUACCUGCGCAUCUUCCCCUCGCGCGGCGUCCGGGUGGCGCUCUGGGCCACCAUCGCCUUCAACAUCGCCUACGGCCUCGGCUUCUUCCUGGUCGGGGUGCUGCAGUGCCAGCCCGUCUCGUACUUUUGGACGAGGUGGGACGGCCAGCACCGGGGCACCUGCGUCGACAUCAACGCGCUGGCCUGGUCGCACGCCGUCAUCAGCAUCGCGCUCGACGUCUGGAUGCUCGCCGUGCCGCUGUCGCAGCUGCGGGCGCUGCGGCUCAACUGGAAGAAGAAGCUCGGCGUCGCGCUCAUGUUCUGCGUCGGCACCCUCGUCACCGUCGUCAGCGUGCUGCGCCUGCAGUCGCUCGUCGUCUUUGCCCGCUCCGACAACCCGACCUGGGACAGCUGGGACGUCACCGCCUGGUCCGUCAUCGAGAUCAACGUCGGCAUCAUGUGCGCCUGCCUGCCCAGCCUGCGCCUGCUGCUGGUGCGCGUCUUCCCGCGCCUGGCCGCCGGCACCUCGGCCGCCGCGUCCAACGCCUACGGUGCCGGCCCGCGCUCCGGAGCCGCCGCCGCCGCUGCCGCCGCCGACGGACUGUCGAGGAUGGGCACCGUGUCCAAGGCCAGGCCCGUCUACGGCGGGGACUCGAGCGUCGCGCGGCCCGAGGACGCCGAGCCGCGCGGCGGCAUCACGCUGCAGCGCUCCUACAACGUGUCGUACAGCGAUCCCGACGACGAGGAGAGCCUGGUGCGGAUGCAUGACCUGGACCCGAGGCGCAGGGACGAUUUCGAAAAGCCCGGGAGCAGCGCGAGCUCCGUCACCAUCGCCCCCACGUCCAGCUCUUGGAUGGCAGGGGCAGGGAAGCGUGCGGACAGGUGA